AUUGACUGACAUUUUAAAGUGAAUGUUCGGUCGUCGUGUGCCGGUUUCCAAGUUUUUCGAGUUUAAUUUCUCUUAAAUAUUAUCGGUUUAUUAUAAAAAAGUGACACAAAAUGCAUCCGGAAGCCACGCUAACUCUUAUACAAAUAUUAGAAAAGACUAUAUCACCAGACCGCAAUGAGUUGGAAGCAGCAGAGAAGUACUUGGACCAUGCUGCGGCUACUAACUUCACAACUUUUGUUAAAAUGCUCUCAGAUGUUUUGGUUCAAGGAGGUAACAGCCAAGUGGCAAGAAUGGCUGCAGGCCUACAGCUUAAAAAUCACCUUACCUCUAAAGAUCCAACAAUGAAACAACAAUAUCAACAGAGGUGGCUUGCACUUCCAGAAGAUAUAAGACUCUAUAUAAAAAAGAAUAUACUAGCAGCUAUAGGAACAGAAAAUAGUAGACCUAGUUCAGCAGCUCAAUGUGUGGCAUAUGUAGCAGUAGCAGAAUUAGCAGUUGGGCAAUGGAAUGAUCUCAUUCCCAUUCUUGUAGAAAAUGUGGUGAAUGCACAAUCAACAGAACUGAAGAAAGAAGCCACCUUAGAAGCAAUUGGCUAUAUUUGUCAAGAAAUUGAUGCAGAAGUCUUAACAGAACAGAGCAAUCCAAUUCUAACUGCUAUUAUCCAUGGAAUGAGGUCUACAGAACCCAGCAAUCAUGUUCGUCUAGCUGCCACACAAGCACUGCUUAACUCCUUAGAAUUUACCAAAGCUAAUUUUGAUAAAGAAAAUGAAAGAAAUUUCAUUAUGGAAGUAGUAUGUGAAGCAACACAAUCAAGUGACAUGAGAAUUAGUGUUGCAGCACUUCAGUGUUUGGUCAAAAUUCUCUCAUUGUAUUAUCAAUAUAUGGAGCCAUAUAUGGGCCAAGCUUUAUUCCCUAUCACUUUAGAGGCUAUGAAAUCUGAUAUAGAUGAGAUCUCUCUUCAAGGCAUUGAAUUUUGGUCUAAUGUUAGUGAUGAAGAGAUUGACCUUGCUAUUGAAGAAGCAGAAGCAGCUGAAGCGGGAAGACCGCCAGUUAGGACAUCGAGGUUUUAUGCAAGAGGAGCUUUACAAUAUCUUGCUCCAGUUCUUAUGCAGAAAUUAACAAAACAAGAUGACUCAGAUGAUGAAUUGGAAUGGAAUCCAUCUAAGGCUGCUUCAGUAUGCCUAAUGCUGUUAUCAAAUUGUUGUGAAGAUGAAAUUGUCCCACAUGUCCUACCGUUCAUAAAUUCAAAUAUAAAAAAUGAGAAUUGGAGAUACAGAGAAGCUGCCUUAAUGGCAUUUGGAUCUAUUCUUGGUGGCUUAGAAGCAACAAGUCUUAAACCAUUGGUGGAAAAUGCUAUGCCAACUUUAAUAGAUGCUAUGUAUGAUACCAGUGUAGCUGUAAGAGACACAGCCGCCUGGACUUUUGGUAGAAUCUGUGAAAUUGUCCCAGAGGCAGCAAUCAAUGAGACUUAUCUCAAACCAUUAUUAGAAAGCCUUGUAAAUGGUCUAAAAGCUGAACCACGAGUUGCAGCUAAUGUUUGUUGGGCUUUCACUGGAUUGGCAGAGGCAGCGUAUGAAGCAGCAGAUUGUGGUGACUUCAAUCAACCAAAAACAUACUGCAUGUCUACUUACUUUGACUUCAUUGUACAACGUCUCUUAGAAACAACUGAUCGUCAGGAUGCAGCUCAACACAAUUUAAGAUCAGCUGCUUAUGAAGCUCUUAUGGAAAUGGUUAAAAACUCACCCACUGAUUGUUAUGUGACAGUUCAAAAAACAACAAUGGUUAUUUUAGAGCGACUACAACAAGUCUUGCAAAUGGAAAAUCAUAUAGCAAGCCAGGCUGAUCGUUCUCAAUUUAAUGACCUCCAAAGUCUUUUGUGUGCUACAUUACAAUCAGUUUUACGCAAAGUUACUCCUGAAGAUGCACCUCAAAUAUCUGAUGCUAUUAUGACUGCUCUUUUAACUAUGUUUGCGGGAAAUGCUGGAAAGGCUGGAGGUGUACAAGAGGAUGCUCUAAUGGCAGUCUCUACUUUAGUUGAGGUUUUGGGAGAAGGUUUUCUAAAGUAUAUGGAUGCUUUCAAACAAUAUCUUUAUGUUGGCCUCAAAAAUCAUCAGGAAUACCAAGUUUGCAUUGCAGCUGUGGGUGUCACAGGAGAUAUCUGUAGAGCGCUGAAAAGUAAGGUGCUACCCUAUUGUGACGAAAUAAUUUAUCUAUUAUUGGAGAACCUUGGUGAUCCAUCAAUACAUCGUUCAGUCAAGCCACAGAUUUUGUCUGUAUUUGGAGAUAUUGCCCUUAGUAUUGGGUCUGACUUCUCUAAAUAUUUUGAUGUGGUUAUGCAAAUGUUGCUGCAGGCCAGCAACGCACAAGUCGACCGCAACGAUUAUGAUAUGGUAGAAUAUUUAGGGGAACUUCGCGAGAGUGUCCUAGAGGCUUAUACUGGAAUUAUACAAGGACUAAAGGGUGUGGAUGGCGAGGUUCGUUCGGACGUGACACUGGUGGAGCCGCACGUUCCGGCCAUCGUGAACUUCAUGAUCCAAGUGGCGUGCGAGCCGGAGCGCACCGACGGCCACAUGUCUGUCAUCGCUGGCCUCACGGGCGACCUUUGCACCGUGUUCGGGAUCCGGAUGCUGCCGUUACUGGAGACACGCGCGUUAUUAGAUCUAUUGCAAGCCGCGCGCCGCUCGCGCAAUUCCCGCACCAAGACCCUGGCUAACUGGGCCACUAAGGAAAUACGCAAGCUGAAGCAGCAGACGCCGCUCACUAGCUGGUGAGUAUACCGCCCCCACAGAAUAAUAAUUAUAAUAUAAUAACUUACGAGCCGGAGCGCACCGACGGCCACAUGUCCGUCAUCGCCGGCCCCACGGGCGACCUCUGCACUGUUCGGGAUCCGGUUGCUGCCGUUACUGGAGACACGCGCGUUAUUAGAUCUGCUGCAAGCCGCGCGCCGCUCGCGCAAUUCCCGCACCAAGACGCUGGCUAACUGGGCCACUAAGGAAAUACGCAAGCUAAAGCAGCAGGCGCUGUUCACUAGCUGAUUUGAAACGUCGUGGUACCGUACUGAUGUAAAGCAAAUUCAAACAACUUAUUGCUGGUAAAUUAAAAUGCAUUGUAUUGGCAGGUCAUGGUUACAUGAGGUAACUUGUAUCAUUUUGUUAACCUUUGUUAGGUGCAUUUAUUUUCCAUAUUAAGAUCAUUCUAAUUUCUAUAACAUACUUAGAUUAUGUUGAAAUAAUAAAGUUAUUAAAAUUGCAUCAAAAAUUAGUAUCUGUAUGUAGAAUACUUAUUUUGUUGGGGCAUAUUUUAACCUUAAAACUCAGUAAAAUCAACAAUGUUAAUAUUCUGAUUAGUGUAUAAUAAAAAAGUUUUCUUUAAAUGUAAAUUAUAUCAAUUUUCAUUGGUCACAUCAAUGCACCUAGCAUAUAAUAAAAAGUUAUAUGAUGAUUGAUGCCUGGCAAUUAAUUUCACAAUUGUCUUAAAUAAAACAUUGAAGCAUUUUUCCUAUUUGGUAUUAUAAAUACAGACAGUGGCUGUGGUAUCUUUACUUAUGUGAAAUAAAAGUGAUAUUGUGAAAGGUGAUAGAAUGAAAGUUGACGUAUGUUAAUUUAGGCAUGCACAUAUGCAAGGGACUGUGAAUUUUAUAAAUUAUUAUUGUUUCGUAAGAUAUAUGAAAGGUUGAAUGUUUGAUUAUGUAUGUUUGUUGAUGCGUGCUUGAUUAUUGCAGAUGUUUUGUAAACUAAGGCAUGUGUCAAUGUUGUUUAAAAGUUGGUGUAAUGUAUAAGAUUCCGUCACGUUAUAAGAGACGAAGGACGCCAUAUUGGUGAAUAUUACUUUUUAUUCAUCACAUUGAAUUUGAUUAUGCGCCUUAGCAAUAAUGAUUUUCCAUUUAUAUCAAUUGCUCAUGUAUUAUAUAUGUAGAAAUUGUUUUAUUUCACUAGAUUUCUCAUCUGCUAAUUAAUUUACUGGUUGUUCCAAUAUUUAUUACUUGCAUUUCAGACUUGUGUGAUGAACAGAAAGUUUGGCCUUCUCAUCUCGUCGUUGCGUUAUUUGUACAUAUGUAAUUAAAAGUUCUUUUUCAAUGUUAAUAAAGAGGCAAUUGAUUAUUGACACUAUAGUUUUAGUAAUAUGUAAAAUUAAAACGAUUUUAUAAAAAACAAAAAAAAUACAGUAAAAUGUCAAACAAUGGUGUUGAACCCUGCAUGAUUCUCAAAAACUAACUAAACUUAAAUUUGACAACAGUUUAUUCUUAUCAUUCUCUGUACAGAAUGAAGAGGACAGACUGAUGUUAAAUUUAGUUUUAAGUUUAGAGAAUCAUGCCAGAAUCAAUAUUCAUUCACUCUGGUUGGCCGUUAUUCCAACUUGAAUCUCAAACUGAUGUUGCUGAUAAUGAAGUUACCUUUUCGUCUUGGCCGCCAUUUGGUUUUAUAUAAAUUUAAAAAGCUAAUGAAAUUUUGCGUUUUUUUUCUGGGGCUGGCAAGUUUACCUGAAUGAGGACAUUCGUUUAUGUGGGGCCAAAGAACUGUAUACUUGUAAGUACUCAAUAUACUUGUCAUCAUCAAUAUUUUUAUGUUAAUUAAACUAAAAAGACCUCGUCAUCCAUUCAGUUUAUGCGCAAAAUAAUGCAUAUAGCUGUGCCAUUUUAUGCUGAAAAUUUAAAAUAAUGGUAAAAUUCCUUAUCAACUUUCAAUGAUUACAAAAAGAAAAUUUUAUAUCAGUAGAAACGUUAUGUUUGUAUUCACGGAUAUUAAAGCGGUUAUUGUUCAGAUUAUACAUUACAACGGUAAAGGACCUUGGAAACUUAACAGCAAUAAAUAUUUUGUAUUAUAUUUCUGAGUGUCUGCUAGUCUGUGAGCAUCACUGACAGGGAUGAUGUUUGCGCGAAUUAUGCAAGAUUUUUUAUGAGAUGUGUAUAUUAAUUAUUUUCUUUGUUCUGUGUUAUGCAUAAAUGGAGGUAUAUAUAUUUUACGUACUCAUUCAAAAUGUCAUUUUGAAUAUUAUUGAUAGUUUUAUCAGAAUUCCGAAACAUAUAUGUACUCUAUUUUUAAGUAUGAUAGGAGAAUGUGUGAGGACUAGUGCCAUGCCAUGAAAGGUUCUGAAUUAGAAUCAUAGGCAUCCAGUCAAUGAAUACCACCCACUUUUCCUGCGUGAAUCAAAAAUCAACAAUUAUUCUGUUGAAUAAAAAUAGUUUUUGGUUUGACUACAACAACUUAUUAUGUAAACUGUUCUAUGGUAAUAAAACAUCUAGAAAUUAACAUUACUUUCCUUUAUACGAGUACCCGCGACGAACGACCGCGCUGUGCGCAUGUGGGCGUCCACAUCUUCGUCACGAGCAGUAACGUUGCACGGUGCGUUGGCAUAAUGUGUAAACCUAUUAGUAAAUUAGCACGUACUAU